UGAACCAUACGUUAAAUAUUUGGAUCUAAAUAAAUUCACAUGUUGUAACGAUUAUGUUCCUGUUUAAAUUUAACCUUUCUUUGAUUAAAAAUACGGAUAAAUGAACGAACAAAUGAUGCUUUGUUAAAACAAUUCAUUUUAUCAAUUACAAUGCUAGCUGUAACUCAAGUGUCUACACUUCAUUAAGUAUCAUCUGAUUAAGACGAGAAACCCGGUACAGUGCUGCAAUUAAAAUUUCAUUAUAGCGAGCUACUGGGAGUGUUGUUAAUUGAAAACAUAGAUUUGCCAAACGGUAACAAGGAUUCUCUAGUUUAAGUGCAGUUUCUUUUAAGACUCAAUCCAAAAAAAUGAAUCAAGUAUACAAGGCAGUUCUUUUCGGAUUAAAUUAUGCAUUACUGUUUGGAAUUACGGGAGUUUCAUGUGAUACGGGAUAUAUGUUGACCUUCCCACAGACGUUACAAAUAGGAGCAAAAGAGAAGUUUUGUUUAGAACUUUACAACGUUUCAAAAACUGUCGAUCUAUUUUUAAACAUUUCUUGCUAUGGAAGAUCUGUUCAACAUCACCCAAAGACAUUUAGAUCAGGCAACUCAGGUUGUUUUAUCUGGUCUCUUCCACAUUCCCUCACUGCCGGUACCUGCAGCAUUGACAUCAGAGGAGAAGAUGGGAACGAAGGUGAUAAUAUGUUCACACAAAGUAAAGAAAUCCAGAUUGUUGACACUCAUCAGAUCACCUUCAUACAGACAGACAAACCAGUGUAUAAACCAAGGGAUACAGUGAAGUUUCGACUGUUGACUGUCACUCAAGACUUAAAACCAUUAAAAGCAGAUAUAGACAGUGUAACUAUACAUGAUCCUCAUGAUUUCUACAUGAGACAGUGGUUAGCUGUUCAGCCACAGGCAGGAUUGGUGAGUUUAGAUUACCGUUUAUAUGAUGAACCUGUGCUGGGUGACUGGAAGAUUGUUGCUGUUGUCAAUGGAAGGAAAAUUGAACAGUCAUUUAGUGUACAGCAAUAUGUGCUGCCUAAAUUUCAAGUGUACAUGGAGUUACCUAAAUCCUUAACAGUGGCAACAAAAAGUUUACAGUUUGAAGUUUGUGCCAGAUACACAUUUGGUAAGCCUGUAACUGGGAGUGUCAGUGCCUCAGUUUGCCUAGAGAACACCGAGACAAGCUGGUUCUGUGAGAAUCGACUCAGACCAUGUGCUUACAUACAGUCAAAGAUGAAUGGUUGCCACAAUUUUACAGUAGAGACAAAAGAUUUGAAAGUUACAGAAAGGCAGUUUUCUUUGUUAUGUAAACCAAGGCUUAUGGUACAUGCAAAUGUUACAGAAAAAGAUACAGGUUUAACAGUUGAGGAGAAACAACAAGGUGUUGGUGUUUGGGAGGAAAGGGUCAAGUUGAAGUUUAUCUCUGAUAAAUAUUUCAAACCAUUUUUUCCAUACACAGGGAAGCUGUAUGCCUGGAAGCCUGAUGGUUCCCCAGCAGCAGGAGAGAAAGUGACACUAACCAUAGGAAAACUUGGCAUUCUUGCUACACUUUACAUAGACAAGACUGGGCAUGCUGAGUUCAGCAUACAGAACCUUACACAUUCAACGCCUUACUUUAUUCUUCAUGCAAAGACUGAUGACAGUGAUUACACAGAUAAGAAGUACUACACCAUCUUUCCAGCGACAACAAAGAAACACGUGAAACAGUGGUAUUCUCCAACAUCGAGCUAUGUGAGACUGUCGACAGAACAUCAAGGACAGAGAACUUGUGGUGAAACCAUUACUAUUGAUGUUGUGCACUCAAUCACGUCUGAUAUAACUAUACAGAGUGUCACUGCUCAGAUUAUGUCAAAAGGCAAUAUCAUAGAGCACACUGAUGUAACAGAAGAGAUGUCAAGAAGUUCUCCAUACCUACCCUUUCUGAAAGGUCAAGUAUUGACACCUAGACUUAAUGCACGCAGUCCACGUAGAAAUGAUGACAGAGGUGAUGAAGAUCAUAGUUUACAGCCAGGGCCUCUAUCGGAUCUUGGAAAUUUUGAAGCAGGGCCUCCAGGAUCAGGAAGCCAGGCUGCAGGGCCUCCUGGGUCUUCAACGGGAACCAAACAUCCUGCCCGUCAGGAAAAUCUAGAUUUGGACGAAGCAAUGGCUCCAGGACCUAUACCUCAAGAUCUGACUGCUAUUGCUGUAGAAGGAGAUCCCUUGUCUGUGACCCUAACGUGGCAGCCCCCACAGGAACCUGAUGGAGAGAUUACAGGUUACCUUGUGUUUUACACCACUGACCUGACCAAGGACGACUUUGACUGGGUAGUGGAAGGUGUUAUAGGAGAUAGGCUGUCUGUGGAAAUCAAUGAUCUAACAGCUGAUACAGUGUACUAUUUCAGAGUGCAGGCAAGAACGAGAUCUGGCUAUGGACCCAAGUCUCCUACCACAAUAUACAUAACUCCAAAAAGUAGCGGUAAAGAUAGCAUAUAUUCUGAUAUGACACCACCCAACUUACGUCACUUUAGUCUACGUCAGUACAUAUCUAGGGACAUGGCCCCUAAAAUGAGGUUGCUGGUGUAUAUGAUCACAAACACAAGAGAGAUGGUCGCUGAUACGCUGGAUAUCGAUGUGGGCCAUUGCUACAACAAUCAGGUCAAUAUGACAUUUAAGCAGAGGACAGUGCGGCCAGGUGACACGGUCGACCUGACAUUAAAGGCAAGCCCUGGAUCUCUGUGCUCUGCGGGUAUGGUAGACAAGAGCGAGUAACUCCACGGUGGCAUCAACU